AUGGAUACCAAAAUACCCCAAAUCAACGAACCAAUCAAUACCACCUCUGAACAAUUCAGACAGCCGUCUCCUCAGCCCCCAGAGCCAAAACAAAGUCUCUGGGAACGAAGACCUCAGGCUCUCGCUGGUGAUGACCCACCGCCGAUGUAUCCAGCCGAAGCCUAUAGCCAGAGUCAGAAUUCAACCCAACAACAAAAUGUACCUCAGUAUCAACAACAACAGCAACCAAAAGCUUUUAGUCAGCAAGACGUGGGAUAUGGAGUUCAGGGACACCAAGGGCACCAAGGGCACCAAGGGCACCAAGGACAACCAGGACAGACUGUGGUUUAUGUCCAGGGAAAAGAUCGGAGGCGGGAAGAUGUUGGGGUGGGAUUCUGUGCGGGAUGUUGCGCUGCAUGUUGCUGUUGUGGCUGUGUUGUGAUGUGA